AUGAACCACCAUCCCCAACCGAACGUGAUUCCAACCCUGCGACGCUCAGAGCCAGCGACAAUGGUCCGCGGCCGUCCGACAUCACCUCCUACGACUCCACCUCCAUACCAGAAGACCCAGGCCCUUCCCGCUGCGCCCUCGCGGAAAGGCUUGCGUGAAUGGGACCGCUCGCUGUCCAUACCAUGGCUUGGUGUCACGCACCAUCGGCGGUCGCAAGAGGACAGUCCCGGGACGGGCCAGGCGAAUGACCCAGAGACCCCUUGUCCUCCGGAGCAGCCGCGAUUCGCUGCUGACCCCCUGCACGUCGAUAUCCCCCCUCACAGCAAGCCGCACACACUGGCACAGAAUGUUACCCCGGGUUGGGACACCCCCUGGACAGCUAGGCCUCCAGACUUCUCAAGCAGGGGACAGCGUUCCAGAGAUGAGCUCGUGGAAUCGCCGUCGCCGACAGGUGUCCAUCAUGACGACAAUGAGAAACUCAACUCAUGGGCCAGAAGGCGGAAGAGAAUCCGAGCAUACAUGAUAUACAAUCCAUAUGUUCCAUUACUGUUCCGCUUCAUUAACAUUGCGUUGACCACCGCCGCGCUUGCCGUCGCUAUUCGCAUACGCACAGUUGAACGCCAUAACGGCAUCAUGGGUAUUGUCGGUUCUUCUCCGACUAUUAUCAUCAUAUUCGCUUGCCUUACCCUGGUUCACGUCAUGAUAGCCAUAUACGUCGAGUAUUUCGGCCGACCUGUGGGCCUCUGGCACACAUCCAGCAAGCUCGCAUAUACCCUCAUCGAGGUCGUCUUCAUCUGUGCAUGGUCUGCGGCGCUCGCACUCUCUUUCGACAACUUCUUCACCUCUUUGAUCCCUUGCGCCUCCUUCUCUAGCAUUGCAUGGUACAGCGAGCUCCCUCGUCUGACAAUCCCGGGUGUCACUGGCAGCGAAGGCACCGUCGGAGACUACAUCUGCGACGACCAGCUGGCGAUGAUCUGUCUCGUCGGCGUCGGCCUUCUCAUGUACUGCUUCAACCUCGUCAUCAGUCUCUUCCGCAUUUUCGAAAGAGUCAAAUACCAUCCUACAACCAUUCUACCCGCAUAA